UUCCUCUGACGGUCGCUGAAGACUGAAAGGUCUUCAACCGGUCUUUUAGUUGUGGCAGCAGCACCUUCCUCUGUCCUUCAGCAGGAAAAUGUACUACAAGUUCAGCGGUUUCACCCAGAAAUUGACGGGCGCUGCUCCCACGGCGGCCUACUGCCCUCAGGGACUGAAGCAAGGUUUGCCUGCAGAGUCUCCGACCAUGAUCUUCGCCACACCCACCAAGAUGGUGUCAGAAGCAGGGUCCACAGUGGAGUAUUUGGGAGCAAACAAAGUUCCUGACCUCCAGAAGUUUUUCCAGACAUCGGACGGCCCAGUCCAUCUAAAGCGAGGAUAUCCUGACCGACUACUGUACCGCACCACCAUGGCUCUCACAGUCGGAGGCGUCAUCUAUUGCCUGGUGGCUCUCUACAUCGCAGCUCAGCCCAACAAGAAGUGACAGACACAAACUCGGGACCUUCUUGUGUAACACCACUUACUUGUUGCUGCUGCCAUCAUCCAGACAUUCACAGCCCUGGUCUCACCAGACCACCUCUUUGGGACCCCUUUUAAAUGAGAAAUUUCCCCUCUGCACAGUGGUUCUUGAAGGACAGGAAGAGCUUUAUGACCUUCAGGUGUAACUGCCAUCAAGCUAAAUAAAAUCAAAUGAAUAUGGCUUCAGCAUUAAUAAAUACAUUUGCAGACCUUUUUUUUUCUAUAAAAUUCAGCUUCAAAGUCUGUAUAAAUUGCCUGCCCUAUUGCUGCUGGCAAUAAAUAAAGAAAAGGUGGAGUGAAUGUGUUUUAGCUCAGAAAAGCUUGAGAGUCUCAGUACUAUCAAGAUACAAAGCCAAUGAAAACCAGUGUGAUGUCUGUGUUCUUUGAGAAAGAUGUCUAAGUUAAUAAAUUCUAGAAAGAAAA